GUUGCUUGUGAUUGCAGUCCAAACAAACCCCGAAGACUGGCGCAUGUCACACCAGUCCAUCCUGUCGGGCUUCAAAGGGACAAAAUGGGUAGCAAAAAGAAUGAGGCUCAAAAUACUUUUCAUUAGAGCACUUCAUAAAAUACUGCAUAUAAGUCACCUUCGGCAAAUGCACCAAUAUUGCAUGGCAUCCUCCUCAUUUGUCAUUCCUUGAAUCAAACCUUCCUAUGAACUUCAAAAUGCUGAGUAGCUCUACGAUCCAAACCGUCUCUCCAGGCUCUCUUUGCGAUAUAUUUAACCUCUAUCAAACAAAGCCAGAUAAUAGGGGUCGCGCAUCGUGGACUAAAGAAAUCCCUGAAAAUCUGGUCGAACCGGCCGAGGGCGCUGAAUCAAGCUCUUACGCGAUCAUUGUGAGAAACAUCAAAUGUUACGAUGGUCGCAAGAGUCUUACAAUUCAUUCAAUUGUACUGCAAAGUGAACCGCUCAAGAAGUUUCUCACUCCUGUAAUGGCGGGAUAUCCAGGACUUACGAUGAGCCUGGACCGAAUCGAGUUCAGCACGCCAUUCAAACCUUUCGUUCAUCGCUGGGAAAAAUUCACAGCCGCUCGAGAGAGUGAACAAGAUUCGACGACCAAGGCACAUGUCGACCUGCUGUAUGGGCUUCUAGAAAGCGAACUACAUGAUACUAUCUCCAGGAAGUCCGAUCUUAUCUCAAACGGUGUCGUGACUCACGCCUUGCUUUGGACCCUUUUCCAGCCAGGUGACAUCAUUUUUAGUGUCUUGGAUAAUCGACCCCGUGCUUUCAUUUGUGGAACAGGUGAUACGGAUUGUCGAAGCGGUAAGUUUGAACUGAACGGAAAGUACAUCGACUUUGAUGGUGACAAAUUUGGGUUUUCAACAUAUGAGUUCCAACUGGAGGCAUUCGAAGGAACAUGCCCUAUCACGGAUUUGUCUGUAGCACCCCUGGCGUAUCACGAAAACAGGGAUGCAAUUGAGAAAGAAUUAUUAUUGCGUGGAAGCCUCUGGGAGAGCCUGAGAGGAUACCAUUACAAGCAAUAUGAUGGAGUCGGCAAGGGAUACCUUUUCGGUCGUGAGGUAAAACUCAACAUCACAAGUCGCAUCGUAAUUGACACGGCGGCAUAUAUCACGUUUAAUCCGGACGAAGAAUUUCAGUUGUCAAAUACCAUCGCGGCAGAUCUUUCCGAGGUUCAAAGGAUGAUAGCCACACCAAUGUUGCGUGGUUAUGCUCUCAAAGACAAGAAAUGGCUCGAGUUCUUUGUCGACAAUGUCACAGACAUUACCUGGAACGCGCAAGCGUUUCAAUCCUUGGUCCUGCCAGACAAUCAGCAACAUUUGAAGAAACUCAUCCUUGCCGUUGCCAAGUCGAAGUCGAAUGGUCUUGAAGUUUUUGAUGAUGUCGUCCAGGGAAAAGGACGUGGCGUUAUUAUGCUUCUCCGUGGUCCUCCCGGAGUGGGCAAAACUUUGACGGCUGAGGGUGUUGCAGAGGUCAUGACAGUACCUCUAUACGUUUUGAGUGCGGCAGACCUUGGUACAAGUCCUUCAAGAGUUGAAGAAAGAUUGAAGGACGUUCUCUCUAUUGUUCCCAAAUGGGGAGCUGUCCUUCUCCUUGACGAGGCAGAUGUUUUUAUGGAGGCUCGCAAUUCAGCUGAUCUCGCGAGAAAUGAGUUAGUUUCCAUAUUCCUUAGGGUCUUGGAAUACUAUGAGGGGAUUCUAUUUCUAACCAGUAACCGUGCCGAAAACAUGGACCCGGCAUUUGAAUCCCGAAUUCACGUGUCGAUUUGCUACCCGGAACUUACUGAGAAAACGAGACGUCAGAUUUGGAUGCAGUUCCUGGCUGCUCCAAACGUGGAAAAAUUCUCCAACGAACAGCUUGACGAAAUUGCGAAGUUGGAGUUGAAUGGCCGACAGAUCAAGAAUGUGCUCCGAACCGCCCAUCUGCUUGCCCAAGAGGAAAACACCAGCGUCGGCUAUGAAGAUGUUCAAACGAUCCUGAGUUUGAGAUCCGUUUAGCACCACCAUGGUCAAUUGAGUAUCUGCUUUCUUUCGUUGAGAUAUUUCGAACUUGCAGCUCUCAGUCUUUCACAUACUGUAGUGCGACAAUUUUGAAAUUCAUUUCUUUUUGUUUUUUUCGUUUUCACUUAUUUUCCUUUGGUUUUCUUCGUGAGACAGUGCAACUGAUGGCACGGAUGCGAUGAUCACAUGGGCCUUUCCUCCCAGCUUGCGCAUAUAUUUCCUCAAGAGCCCACUUUACGAAAGCUUGUUACGUACUUCGCAAUGAUAUAUGUUUAGGUG